CCAACAUUCCGGUUAGAAUUUUGAUUGGCUCACCACACCACAGAAACCUAAUCGUCACUAUAAAUACCCUUAAAAUGCAGCGAACCGUUUUCUAUCAUUUUAUGUAAACCACUUAAACAAAAAAAUAUAAAGCCAAACUUUCCAAGAAAAUAAAGCUCAAGAACCUAAACCAUCUCAAGAUUCUUCAAUCAAAUUCAACAAAUUCAUACAAAAAAGAUAAAAAAAAAAGGCACAGCAACUUUAAAGCAGAGGUUUCAGCUUUUAGCAGGCAUGGCUGAUGAGUAUAACACAAGCACAAACUGGUGGGAUUCAUCAAGAACAAGAUUUGAUUCUACUACCGGUUCAUCUUCUUCAUCUUCUGGCCAACUUAAUAGUUUAGGCAGCUUCGGUUCUUGGCCGUCUGAUCAUCUGGUUGAUGUUAAAUCAAGAUCUUCCAUGGAAUCUGCUUCGGUUUCUGACACUUCUGUUGCUUUUCAUGAUACCCAAAAGCUGCAACAUCUUCAAGAUUCUGCUACUGAUCAUCAUCAUCACUUGCAAAUGAUGGGUUUAGGCCUCUCUAAUUCUCAUCCCAUGGAUUGGAAUCAAGCCCUACUUCGCGGAGGGGGUGAUAAUAGUAAGCACGAGGGAAGUUUUCGUUCGAUGCUGCAAGAAAAUUUGAACUCUACGAGUAAUUAUCAGCAAGAAACUGGGAUUGGAGGUUCACCUCAAGUGCAGUGGAGGGAGAGGGUUUUUAGCGGGGGCGGAGGCGGGGGUGGAGGGGGAGAUUCUUCGGUGAAUCCGCGGGGGUUUUCGUUAGAACAACCGCAGUUCAGUCCUCAUGGAAGUUCAAGUGAUAGUACUGUAACUAAUUUUCAAAUGGAUUAUGGCAAUCCUUCAACUAUGUUUCAAGGAUUAUUAUCGGAUAAUCAUCAACAACAACAACAGCAGCAACAACAGUCGUCUUUAGCGACGAAUUAUCCUUACGGAGGAAAUAAUUAUUGUCUUGCUAACAAUGAAUUAGUACCUUCACCUUCUUCUUGGUCUAAAGUGCCACAAUUCUUGAGAAAUAAUAAUUCACCUCCUAAACAAAACCAUUUACACUUUUCUAAUAACGCCCCGUUUUGGAAUGCUUCCGCAACUUCCAUUAAUGAUGUUCGUCCGACCUUUUUCCCCUCGUUGCAGCCUCAGUUUCCUUCAUCGGAUUUCGAAGAAAAACCGAAGCAGAAAAUAUCUGAAGUACGGGAAUCAAGUUGUAGUACAACUACAGCGAAGAAAAAUGCAACUGAAGGAGCAACGAAACGGGCUCGAAAUGAAACAACAUCGCCUGUGCCGCCCUUUAAGGUAAGGAAAGAGAAGAUGGGGGACAGAAUCACUGCACUUCAACAAUUAGUUUCGCCUUUCGGAAAGACUGAUACAGCCUCAGUGCUCUCUGAAGCUAUUGAAUACAUAAAAUUCCUCCAUGAACAAGUCACUGUUCUUAGCACACCAUACAUGAAAAGUGGAGCUCCCAUACACCACCAGCAGAAUUCUGACAAGUCCAAAGAUCCUGAAGGACAAAAACAAGCUGAUCUGAGGAGCCGAGGGCUAUGUUUAGUACCGGUUUCGAGCACUUUUCCGGUAACUCAUGAGACCACAGUUGAUUUUUGGACCCCAACAUUUGGCGGGACAUUCAGAUGAACAAAAAGGUUACAAUUAAUGGUUGAAAAUUCAAGCACAGGCCAAUGAUCGAGAAGUGUAUAUAUAUUUAUUAUUAUUACUACACAUGAUCUUACUCAAAAACCCUAGCCAAGUUGGGGAGAAAUGAUAAGAUUAUGAACUAAAGAAAGCAGCCUGAAUCUGUCAAAAUCCCUCAAGAAAAUUAAAGGAAAAAGAUGAAUGAGAAAUAUCAAAGGUAAAUGAUGUUGGUUGGCCAAAAUUGGAAGCAUUUUAAUUGUUGUAAUAAUUGAAGAAUUAUAGUAUCAUUAAAAGCAUGGAUUAGGGACAGAAUGAGAAUAGAUUCUUACUUAUUUUUUAAAAUUUUAAAGAAGAAAGUGUUCAAAAAGAUUUAAUUAGUUGAGUUAAUUAACUAAAUAAAUAGAUUAUUAGUACUAUGUUUAGUUGAAUUUAUAAGAAGAAAGAAUAGAGGUGGCACUAUCUACUUAGCUUUGAUUUUAAGAGAGAAAAAAGAAAAGGAAUUGGAAGGAAUAAUUGAAUUCCUGAAUAGGGAGUGUGGGGAUGUCAUUUGAUUGGAAAUCUCACUUUUCAUUUGUUUA